GUGAAUCUAUGAGACCUGCAUACGGAGAGCCUCAUCAUGAUUCUGCACACAGCCAAGGCCGGCUGCUCAGAAUGUCAAUGGAAAAAACAACUCUCUCUCUCUCUCAGUCGCUCUCUUCCUCCCCCUUCUGUCUGUCUUCUUAGCUCCGAUCUCCUUCUGCGUUACCACAGUCACUCCUUUACAUGACCAGAAACGCUGAACAGGCAACAGAAAAGAUUGCAGCAUCUCCUGGAGAUUUGGGGAAACAGGUUCAGAACAAGCUGUAUGCUGCUCUGAGUUUCAAAAUGAGAGAGAGAUACAUCUUGGCACCUUGGAUUUUGCCCUUCUAGCUGGGUUUGCUUGCUGCAUUGAGAAAGCACCUUAGCAACUGCAUUGCCUUUUUUUGUAUGUGCGAGCAUUAGUGCAUGAGUGCGUGUGUGACAGAGGGAGAGAGAAAGAGAGCUGAGACUCGAAAUAUGGAUCCGGCAGAGCAAAAGCUAAUCACUGCUCUUCACUGAGAGAGAAAUAAAUUUCUUUUUCUUUGGAACAAUUGACUGGAAAAACACCCCGGAUACCUGCCUGGUAUGAAGUAUGGAUGAAUUUAAUGACCUCUAUUCUUGGAAACAAGGCAGCUACUCAAGUUGAAGCUGAUAUCCCACCAGCUGACAAGGGGAAAACACCAUCACGAACUACAGUGUGCUCAGAAUACUUUCCCUCUUUUGUCUUUAUUAUUUUUUAUAGGUUUAAGUGAAUUAGAAGGGGAAAUAAGGACAGAAAAGUAAUGAUUCCCAGGGCAUAGAAACCAUGGAGAGCACAAGGAAAAAAUGUAUCACUAAAAAUUUUGCAGCACGCUUGGGAAUUUAUGAACAAAACUGAUGAGAUUUCUUUAAACUGGUUUUCAACUUUAUGCAUUUUUUAAGAAAUUUUGCUCGGAAUCAGGGACAUACAGUUGCUUGGAGGAUUCCAGAUUUCUUAUAGUUUGGAUGGUACAUUUUCUUUGGGGUUGCAAGACGGAGGCUCACCAUUUCUCAAACCUGGAAGAUUUUUCUUUUUACUCUUAUUUUGUGAAAGAUCAAGUGAGAAAAAUAGCACUGGAGUUAAUUGUUAUAAAUAAGUAUAGAAGUGUUAACUGGGGGACCUGGCAUCACACUCUGAUGAAACACAUCUGACAGAUUCUAUCCGGCCUUUAGGAUGCUGCUUUCUAUCGAUGUUCAAACUUCCUUCCACCUGUAUUACAAUGAAACUCUUUAAACCUUCGGCCACUCAGGAGGAGCUGCCAACCUAAAAAUCAAACCCAACACCUUUAGCAUCUGAAUCAGAAUCUCAGACAAGUCAUGGGGAAGAAAGUUCCUUUUAAUACAUAACUGAUGUCACCGUGAAGACAGUGGAAUAAAUAAAUCAGCUUACAGAAAGUUUAACAGAAAUGCAGGAUAUUGGAGAAAUAUGUAUUUAAAUGACUGAUACAAGAUAUGCUGCUCAGAUCACUGAUCCAGAGACAAAGAAGUAAUUUAUUGAUGGAAUGAAACUUGUGAGACAGAGAAAGAGAGUGAGAAGGGCGUGAACAAAGAGAUUGGAGAGGACCUGUGGCGUCGGCGGGGCUGCAGACCGAUCGUUCUCCAUGAGGAGGAGAAGAAGAUGCCGGCACUGCUGCCAGCGCUGCUGCUGCUGCUUCUGAUAUUCACUGAGCGAAGCCACCAGGUGCUGUCUUCCUUACGCAUGGCGGCCAUUUUGGAUAACCAGGUGAAGUGCGAUGAAGGAGAAAGACUAGCACUGGCAUUGGCACGUGAGCACAUUAAUAGCAUCAUCGAGGUUCCUGCCAAGGCCCACGUUGAAGUGGAGAUCUUUGAGCUGGAGAGAGAUAGCCAGUACAAGGCCACAGACACUAUGUGUCAAAUUUUACCAAAGGGAGUUGUUUCUGUUCUGGGACCUUCCACCAGUCCUGCAUCUGCGUCCAUUGUCAGUCACAUCUGUGGAGAGAAGGAGAUUCCACAUGUGAAAGUCGGCCCAGAAGAGACGCCUAAGCUGCCCUAUCUACGUUUUGCCUCUGUUAGUCUUUACCCCAGUAACGAGGACAUCAGUCUUGCCAUUGGGCAAAUGCUGAAGUUCUUCAAAUACCCAUCGUCGAGCUUGAUCUGUGCGAAAGCUGAAUGUCUGCUACGUCUAGAAGAGCUCAUCCGUCAGUUUCUCAUCUCUAAGGACACCCUCUCCAUCCGAAUGUUGGAUGACAGCAAUGACCCUACACCCCUACUGAAGGAGAUCCGUGACGAUAAAGUUGCCACUAUCAUUAUCGAUGCCAAUGCAUCGAUUUCAUAUCUCAUUUUGAAAAAGGCAUCCGAACUUGGAAUGACCUCUGCAUUCUACACGUACAUCUUAACAACGAUGGACUUCCCUCUCUUGCAGUUGGAUGGUAUUGUAGAAGAUAGCUCUAACAUUCUCGGAUUCUCCAUGUUCAACACCAGCCAUCCUUUUUAUGUGGAAUUUGUUCGAAGCCUUAACAUGUCAUGGCAGGAGUCCUGUGAACUGCAACCUCUCCCUAGGCCUGAAGUGCAGCCUUUCCCUGGACCUUCUUUGUCAUCUGCACUGUUGUUUGAUGCUGUUCACGUGGUCGUUAGUGCAGUGCGGCAGCUGAACAGGAGCCAAGAGAUUGGUGUAAAGCAGUUAUCCUGCAUGUCACCCCAGAUAUGGCAGCACGGUACCAGCCUGAUGAACUACCUACGUAUGGUGGAGUACGAUGGUUUGACGGGGAGGGUGGAAUUUAACAGCAAAGGGCAGCGAACAAACUAUACACUGAAGAUACUGGAAAAGGCCAAAGAUGGACACAGAGAGAUUGGAAUAUGGUACUCUAACAGAACACUGGCAAUGAAUGCGACCACUCUAGAUAUGAAUGCAUCAACAACAUUAGCUAACAAAACACUAACUGUUACUACUAUCAUGGAAAACCCUUAUGUGAUGAGGAAGCCCAACUACAUGGACCUAUCAGGGAAUGACCAGUACGAGGGAUUCUGUGUUGACAUGCUCAAGGAGAUUGCGGACAUCCUGAAGUUUAACUACCGUAUAAAACUGGUGGAUGAUGGGUUAUAUGGAGCACCUGAACCUAAUGGGUCCUGGACAGGCAUGGUUGGCGAGCUCAUCAACCGGAAAGCUGACAUGGCAGUGGCAGGAUUUACCAUAACUGCGGAACGAGAGAAAGUGAUUGACUUUUCAAAGCCAUUCAUGACCCUUGGAAUAAGUAUUCUGUAUCGAGUACAGAUGGGUCGGAAGCCUGGCUACUUCUCCUUCCUGGAUCCAUUCUCCCCUGCUGUCUGGCUCUUCAUGCUGUUGGCGUACCUUGCUGUUAGCUGUGUACUAUUCCUUGCUGCAAGGCUAAGUCCAUAUGAAUGGUAUAAUCCACACCCGUGCCUCCGAGAGCGACGAGAUAUGCUCGAAAACCAGUACACUUUGGGAAACAGUCUCUGGUUUCCUGUUGGUGGCUUUAUGCAACAGGGAUCUGAGAUAAUGCCACGUGCUCUCUCCACGCGAUGUGUCAGCGGUGUCUGGUGGGCAUUCACACUAAUUAUCAUCUCCUCGUACACAGCAAACCUUGCAGCGUUUCUUACUGUUCAGAGGAUGGAAGUGCCAAUCGAGUCAGCUGACGACCUUGCUGAUCAGACCAACAUUGAGUAUGGGACCAUCCAGGGGGGAUCUACUAUGACCUUCUUCCAGAACUCCCGAUAUCAGACGUAUCAGCGGAUGUGGAAUUAUAUGCAGUCAAAGCAACCUAGUGUGUUUGUGAAAAGCACAGAGGAGGGAAUAGCCCGUGUCCUCAAUUCACGCUAUGCCUUUCUCCUGGAAUCUACUAUGAAUGAGUAUCAUAGACGCCUGAACUGUAACCUCACACAAAUCGGUGGUCUUCUCGAUACCAAGGGUUAUGGAAUUGGUAUGUCACUGGGGUCACCUUUUCGGGAUGAGAUCACACUUGCCAUUUUACAACUGCAGGAGAACAACCGGCUUGAAAUUCUGAAAAGAAAGUGGUGGGAAGGAGGAAAAUGUCCUAAGGAGGAAGACCACCGGGCAAAAGGACUAGGGAUGGAGAAUAUUGGUGGCAUAUUUGUGGUUCUGAUCUGUGGCUUGAUUAUUGCUGUCUUUGUGGCCAUCAUGGAGUUUGUCUGGUCUACCAGACGUUCUGCUGAAUCUGAAGAGAUAUCUGUUUGCCAGGAGAUGUUAAAUGAACUUAGAAAUGCUGUCUCUUGCAGAAAAAACUCUCGUUCCCGGAGGAGAAGGCGUCACGGGAGGAUCAUGAAGUCCAUGUCGAAGCCAUUGCGUUCUGUACGGGAAAUGAGACUAAGCAAUGGAAAGCUUUAUUCUGGGGCACCGACAGUGGAUACAGGACCGGGACCUGGUUCACAGCGCCUCCUGGAAGAACCUCCUCCACCUCCUCCCCCUCCACCCCCACCACCAAUACGUGGCUGCACACACAUUCGUAUCUGCCAAGAAUGCAGGAGAAUACAAACUAUGAGAGCAGCCCGUGUGCCACGGAUUCCAAUUCCACCUGAGGAGGACACACCCAGGAGAAGACAGCCAAUAGAUAUCAGUGAACAGGAAUGAUGCAAACUGAUUGGUGCUUUUGGAUUUUGCUGUCAUUUUAAUUUUUUUAAUGGGUUAUUAAAAGGCUGUGAUUUGACGGCAGAGAUUUGCCUUCAUGCUCUGGAGGUUUUUACUUUUCAACAUGUGCGCUGUGCGUACCAUAACAAUGGCAGAACCUGGGCUGUGAAUGUUCUAGGGAAUUUCAUUGAAUGGGGGAGGUUCUGGAGGCCAACAUGAAAUUCUUAAACAAGCAAAACUGCAACUUCCACGCUGAACUCAGGGUUUCUGACCGCCUUACCCAGGAAUUUCUGAUCUGCUAAAUUCAACAAUUUAGAUAAAUUAAAGAAAAAAAAAACAGCAACAGGACAGAAAUUAGUUAAAGAAGCACUCCUGUUCAAAGGAUUCUUCCAUACACUGAAGGGGUCAAAAUAAAAUAAAAAAUACAAGUUUUAUUGAAUUUCCUUUUUUCCUAUUUUCUUUUCUUUUUUUUUUUUCAAAACAAAAAUUUCUAAAGUGCCACAACCCUGAUAACAGUUUCCUUCUGUAAGAGAUACUGACUGAGUUGGAAUAAAAUCAUGUCCUUCUUCUA